AUGUUGUUGUAUUCCUACUUUUCCUCUGCUGUGUCCUCCCCUCUCUAUUCCUCCUCCUGCCACUUACAGGGACAGUUUCAUCUGAAUGGGAUGCACAAGGCUGGAGAUUUGGUUCUAGGCGGGCUGUUUCAAAUCCACUUCUUUUCUGCCUAUCCUGACCUGUCUUUUACCUUAGAGCCACAACAGCCUACCUGCCAUGGUUUUGAUGUUCUAGGAUUCAGACAGGCCAUGACCAUGGCUUUUGCUAUUGAUGAGAUCAACAGAAACUCCAACCUGCUGCCUAAUGUGACUCUGGGAUACAGUCUGUAUGAUAACUGCCUCCAACUAGGAAUUGGAUUCCGUGCAGCAUUGUCAUUAGUCAGUGGCCAAGAGGAACAAUUUAUAUUACAUGAGACCUGUGUAGGUACCCCUCCAGUCCUAGGGAUUGUGGGUGAUUCUUCCUCUACACGUUCUAUUGCCAUCUCCACUGUCUUAGGUUUGUACAGAGUACCCAUGGUGAGUUAUUUUGCCACAUGUUCCUGCCUGAGUGACCGGCAAAAGUUUCCAUCCUUCUUUAGAACAAUCCCAAGUGAUGCUUUCCAGGUGCGUGCUAUGAUUCAGAUACUAAAGCGCUUCAGUUGGACUUGGGCAGGUCUUCUGGUCAGUGAUGAUGAUUAUGGACUCCACGCUGCCCGAUCCUUCCAGUCUGACCUGGGUUCAUCUGAUGGAGGUUGUCUGGCCUAUGUGGAGGUUUUACCCUGGGGUGACAACCCGGCUGAACUAAGGAGAAUUGUGCAUGUGAUGAAGAAAUCCACAGCUCGUGUGGUCAUUGUGUUUGCACAUGAGAGUCAUUUGAUUAACCUCAUGGAAGAGGUGGUGAGGCAGAAUGUGACAGGCCUGCAGUGGAUGGCCAGUGAAGCCUGGACAGCAGCUGCUGUGCUCCAGACCCCCCACCUCAUGCCAUACCUGGGUGGAACACUGGGCAUUGCCAUCCGUCGAGGAGAAAUACCAGGGCUCAGGGACUUCUUGUUACAAAUGCGUCCUGACCUACACCAAAACAACAGCUAUGGAACUAACGUGGUAAAUCAGUUUUGGGAAUACACAUUUCAGUGUAGAUUUAAACCACCUCGAGCAGGUUGGGUGGAGGCUGGAGGAGCUUUAUGCACCGGACAGGAAGAUCUAAAGAAUGUGGAGACUGACUUCUUGGACAUUUCAAACCUCAGACCAGAAUAUAAUGUGUACAAGGCUGUGUAUGCUCUGGCAUAUGCCCUCGAUGACUUGCUGCAGUGCGAGCCAGGCAGAGGGCACAACUAUUGUAAUUUGCGAAGAUUGGAGCCAUGGCAGCUUGUGUAUUAUUUGGAAAAGGUCAACUUCACCACACCAUUUGGUGAUCAAGUGUCAUUUGAUGAGAAUGGUGAUGUCUUACCAAUAUAUGACGUGAUGAACUGGCUGUGGCUCCCUGAUGGAAGAACUAAAGUUCAGGUUGUGGGUGAGGUUAAGAAGUCGACCUUCAAAGGUGAAGAACUCACAAUUGAUGAAGACAAAAUCUUCUGGAACUUUGAAUCCAAAGAGCCACCCCGGUCAGUGUGCAGUGAGAGCUGUCCUCCAGGUACCCGCGUGGCCAGAAAGAAGGGGGAACCUGAGUGCUGUUUCGACUGCAUCCCUUGUUCUGAGGGAGAGAUCAGCAAUGGGACUGACUCCAUGGAAUGCACCACUUGUCCAGAGGAUUUCUGGUCCGGCCCCCAGCGUGACAACUGUGUUCCUAAGAAAACAGAGUUCCUCUCCUACCAUGAGCCUCUGGGAAUCUGUUUGACAGCCACCUCACUGCUGGGCACAUUUAUCUGUGCUGCUUUCCUGGGCAUCUUCAUCUAUCAUCACCAAACACCUAUAGUACGCGCCAACAACUCAGAACUCAGUUUCCAGCUAUUGCUGUCACUUAAACUAUGCUUCCUGUGUUCACUGUUGUUUAUUGGCCGUCCUAGACUGUGGACAUGCCAGCUGAGACAUGCAGCAUUUGGCAUCAGCUUUGUGCUUUGUGUCUCUUGCAUCCUGGUCAAAACCACGGUGGUUCUGGCUGUGUUCAAGGCCUCCAAGCCAGGAGGUGAAGCCAGUCUGAAGUGGUUUGGUGCUGUGCAGCAGAGAGGGACAGUUCUGGUUCUUACUUGCAUUCAGGCAGCAAUCUGUACUUGGUGGAUAUUUUCUGCCUCACCCGCACCUCAUAAAAACACCCAGUACCACAAGGACAAGAUAGUUUAUGAAUGUGUAGUCGGGUCCACAGUGGGUUUUACAGUGUUACUGGGCUAUAUUGGCUUACUGGCUGUCCUUAGCUUCCUGUUAGCAUUUCUAGCAAGGAAUCUUCCAGACAACUUCAAUGAGGCCAAACUCAUCACUUUCAGCAUGCUGAUCUUCUGUGCUGUGUGGGUGGCCUUUAUCCCUGCUUAUGUCAACUCUCCCGGCAAAUAUGCAGAUGCAGUGGAGGUCUUUGCCAUCCUGGCCUCCAGUUUUGGCCUCUUGGUGGCACUGUUUGGACCCAAGUGUUAUAUAAUCCUGCUUAGACCAGAGAGAAACACUAAGAAAGCUAUCAUGGGUCGGGGCAUCGAGUCAUAA